CUCGACUUCAAUUGACAUUGGAUUUAGGUGCAUCAUUGUUGACUAGAACCCGGUCUCUUCUCCCCUGCAUUCUUGUUUCCGGUUGCCCAAAGCAUUCUGGCGCUCUCGACUGUUGUUGCGACGCCCACCGGCUUUAUCUAGUCCACGAAGCAGCUUCGGCUAGCGCCCGCCAGUUAUAUGAGCGAUCCCAAGGAGAGCAAGGAAGAUCAGAGGCAUUUGCCACAAGGGUCUGGGACAAAAACAUCCAAUCUACAAGUCCAUCGGGUAAAGAAGCCCCAAGUCAAAUUUAACAAACCACGACCUCGAAUCAGCUCCAAUUCUGCCGGCUCCAACAUGUCGAAACUCUCCGAGCCACUUAAACAACUGAUCAACGCGGCCCACGCGGUGCCAGGCACGCUGAAAGCACCGCCCAACAUCCGAUCAACAUAUUCGCGAAUUGCAUCAAGCGCCAAAGAGCGCGGCGUCGGCAUCCCAGCAUGGGUAACCAUAUCCACGGCGGCGACCAUGACGAUGAACUCCCCGGGAUCACUCGUGGAACUAUUCAACUUGACGCAGACGCUCCCAUCCGCACCAUCUGCACCGCAAACUGCCGGUCUGAUGCGAGAAGUCGGGUUGAAAUGCAUCUCGUUCAACGGCAUCCCACGCACCAUCAACUGUCUAGGCGCCUUCCGCGAAGGACUGCCGCGGGAAGUAUAUGACUCGAUCCCCGCCCCGCCGUCGCGUCAGAUCAAUUCCAAAAACGCCGACCAGGUCGUGGCCCGUGGCCGCGCGCUCUGGAAUUCUAUUUAUCACCCGUUCGAAGAUAAGCUGUACGACAAGUUGGGCCAGAGCCAUCCGAAUCUGCCUGUGCACAUCCUCGCCGCCCACUACGGUACCCUUCUGUCCGACCCUGAGCCGGAUUCGGAGGCUUCUGCCUCGCUCAUCAAGGUUGGGCGUGUGUUGACUUCGAUCGUUGGCAUUUCCUGCUUGCGUGCCCAAACGGGUGUGGGACCACAGGUCACCAGCCACGUUUUUGGGUUAAGAAAGGCGUUCCAGGAUGGCAGUGCCGAGAAGGACGUUGAAGGCGGAGACUGGCUUGCUACUGAUGAGGGGAACCAGUGGAUCCUGCAUGUUGUCGACGAGAUUGUCCAGGCUCUGAGUCAAGGCCGAGGCUCGACUUUUGCUCCAGGGAUUGGAGGCGAUUUGAAGGCCAAGUUGUGAAAACUUGACGGCAAAGAAUUAUAUAUGCCCUUGCUGGGGGUCAUGUCUGUGAGGUACUGUACCCUACUUGGGAGUGAAACUAAAAUGCAUAAACUUAAACAGAAAGGAAAAAAGGGCGGUCGGGCAGCCAAUGACAACUGCCUGGAUUGGUGCUCUGCGCCGCUCGGAGUAGAGUAUAGUAUUGCGUGAUCUAGACUGUUGUGGACGAUCUUGAGUACGGAUCGUUGUUGGCAAGGCGACUGCGCCGAGAUAUCAAAAGGGUAUGGUUCGUGACCAACUACACCGGGCGGACAUUUCACACAUAGAGCAGGAAGAUAUUCGGUAUAUAUGGUCAUCCACGCGUACCAGAACGUACAUCAUCUUUGGACGCCAUUCAAUUUGAUCCCUAUUUCGCCUUCCCCUAGGGAGGGCAAGCAUAGGUAUCUACUAGUCCGGGGAUAUAUGGUAAUCCGAGACCCAGCCCCACGAUGCAGAAUCCCUCCAAGCUUCCAUUUCCC